CCUUCUCAGUGCUCCUCUUACAUCUCCUUCCUCGGCCCCUUCGCCUUUGUCCGACUACGAUAAUGAAACUCUAAUGUUCCUCGAUCCCGAGGACCCUAAUUUCCCUCUCCCCUCUCGGUCUCCUCCGACGAGCCUUUCGGAAUCUCCCUCGUCAUUAGCCCAGCCAGCAUUCAUCUUGCCCCUCCCUCUAUUGGCGUUUUCUUCCUUUCCCGCCAACGUCGAGCCCUAAACCUAGCCCUUUCCCUAAUGAUCCUUACGCUUGUCCUCUGGAAACCUCAUCGGCAGAAUUUUCACCCCUCCGAGCCCUUUCAAGUUUUUGUCCUUCGUUGUGAUCUCUGACGUCAGGCAACGGCGCUUCUCUUCUUCUCCAGUUAAUAAGUCAUCUGCUGCGCUCCUCCCUCUUGACGCGGAAGCCACUGCAAGUAACCGUGUUCAGUAGAAGAAUCUUCAUCUCGUGUUUGUGACUGACAAAGUCUCCUUCUGCAGCAGCAAGAAUUUGAUCGCUUUCAGCAAUCCUUCAUUCUCCUCCGGAGGCCCCCUUCAAUGCUGCAGGAACUUUUGUAUGUUGGGCCUGGUGGAGAGGUUUGUUGUGGAAGCGGCUGUUCCAUGAACACUGGCUUUGACUUCAUAAGAUUGCAUCAAGUCAGACCUAUUCCCUGGUGCCCCAAAGAGCUCUUCUAAACUUGUGCAUUUCCAAGACCAAUUGGAACCCCCUCAGUCUCCAUUCCAUCUCUCCAUGGAGAAAGCACCAACGUUGGCAGCCAAUAGGUUUCAUGACGACUCCAACAAAGAGCCUGAAACCUUGGAGGACAAACUGAUGUGUCGCCUAUCUUCAUUCUCGACGGUGAUCAGAGAGGCUGCGAUGACAAAACCUCUGCAGAACCUUUUCGGAGCCACUGCUUUGCAUGGUGGUGCAAGAGGAGGUGGAAUGAGGAGUAUUCACAGCUUGCGCUCGCUUCAUAGGUUGACAAUUAGGCCUAUAUCUGCUGGGUCCAGCUCCAAGGCAAAGACUAGACGAGUCUUGUUGUAUCUUGGACGUUUUGGCCUUCAAACUUUGCCAGGGUCUUCAUACUUUGCUUAGGAAGACACACACCUUCCUAAGCAAUCCUGUCCAGGUGAUUAUGAGUUUGUUCCCCCUUCCUCUCUUAACGGAGAUGCAUAGGGAGAUUUCCAAAUAGAUGAAGUAUCAAGAUUGUAUAUUUUCCAAAUCUCUAAGCUUUGGCAGUCGUUGCUGGGUUUGAGGGUGUAGGUACUCCUCCGUGCUCAUCAUCGGACAUCCAUGGAAG